CCGCAGCGUUUACAAUGUAUCCCUUUACUUGCAUAACAAAAAACCAAGAGUGAAUUAUGCUUAACCCAGGUCUCAGGUAUAAAAAGCAUAGUGGAGGUGAGGAAAAGCACAGGAAUUCGGAAUUUCAUAAACCGGGAUCGUUUAUCAAGAUAUCAUUACAGCGUUUUUGGUACAGUAUAUCAGAAUAUGUAGCAAGGACAUUUAACGCGUGACCAUUAUAACCUUGGUGUGAUACUGUAAUACACGUUAACUUAAACAUAUACACUAUACAAAUUCUGAUUUCAUGCUUUAUGUGGGAUGCAGAGAGUAUACAGUAUGUACCUGAGAAAUGACUCUUCAAGUCUGCCCUGAUGCUGCAGGUGUAUUCGAGCAGAAUCCAGAACUAUCUGGGCUUACUGUAUGCGUUUAACUGUUAAUGUAAAGCAAUAUUUUAAGAAUUGAUGUGGAAUAAAAUUCAACUGGUUCGAACGGAAAAUGAAAAACUCUAAGUGUCUUCUAGCAUUAUUGAACACUUCCUCUGGUAAGAAUUACUUUCUCAUAAACAAUGACCCCCAUGCACACAAAAAACUUUCCAUAAUCCCAAAGGGAAAAGAAAGUGAUGUCAUUUCCGUUGUGCAGGUUACAACACCUCCUUUGCAGCCCCCGAAAUCUCUCUUCAGGUCAAAACUUUCCUGUUGACAGUGUGGACCGGAGUAUUCUGUAUUGCUUGCACGGCGAAAGCCCUCAGAGCGGUGUAAUGAAUGAGGAUCUAUCCGUCUUGUUCCACUGGGGCGCUUUAAUCGCCAGGCAUAUUCCAGUAGUAAACCUGACAAGGUCCUGCAGUGAAGGCUGUGAGUGAAUGAGCGAGUAAAGUGCAACUGCUUCCAAACAGAAUGCAGGCACUGUUCAGGAUUCUGAAUCCUCUGCUUUUGCUGAUGCUGUUCGGAUUAUAUCCGUCUGUGACUAUUGGUCCAAAGGAAGGCUGGCAGGUGUACAGCUCGGCCCAGGACCCAGAUGGACGGUGUAUUUGCACAGUGGUAGCCCCAGAGCAAAAUCUUUGCUCCAGAGAUGCAAAGAGCAGACAACUCCGCCAAUUGCUGGAGAAGGUCCAGAAUAUGUCACAGUCUAUAGAGGUGUUAAACUUGAGGACGCAAAGAGAUUUUCAAUAUGUUUUAAAAAUGGAAACCCAAAUGAAAGGACUGAGGUCCAAAUUUCGACAAGUUGAAGAUGACAGAAAAACAUUGAUGACCAAGCAUUUCCAGGAGCUUAAGGAAAAGAUGGAUGAACUGCAGCCUCUAAUCCCAGUUUUGGAGCAGUACAAAACAGAUGCCAAGUUAAUCACACAGUUCAAAGAGGAGAUCAGGAACCUAUCAGCAGUACUUACUGGAAUCCAGGAGGAGAUUGGAGCAUAUGACUAUGAGGAACUACACCAAAGAGUAAUCGGUCUAGAAACCAGACUAAGAAACUGCAUGACAAAACUAACAUGUGGAAAAUUAAUGAAAAUCACUGGACCCAUUACAAUAAAGACAUCUGGAACAAGAUUUGGCGCUUGGAUGACUGAUCCACAAGCAUCUCAAAAAAAUAAUAGGGUUUGGUAUAUGGACAGUUACACCAACAACAAAAUAGUCCGUGAGUACAAGUCAAUUGCAGACUUUGUGACUGGGGUGGAAUCUCGGACCUACAACCUUCCUUUCAAAUGGGCUGGGACAAACCAUGUGGUCUACAAUGGCUCUCUUUACUAUAACAAGUAUCAGAGUAACAUUAUUGUCAAGUACAGCUUUGAAACUGGCAGGAUUCUUGCCCAACGAGCUCUGGAGUAUGCUGGUUUUCACAAUGUUUACCCCUAUACUUGGGGAGGCUUCUCUGACAUUGACCUUAUGGCAGACGAGAUGGGUCUGUGGGCUGUGUAUGCUACCAAUCAAAAUGCUGGCAAUAUUGUCCUCAGCCAGUUAGAUCCACAGACACUGGAAGUCCUAAAGACCUGGAAUACAGAGUAUUCUAAAAGAAAUGCGGGAGAA